CCACGCGAGCCACAUUGCUCAUUAUUUGGGGAUGACAUAUAUCGUCUACUAUGGAUCAUUGUAAUUUACCGUCGUGCGCGCUAAAUAGACAAGUCACAACUGUGAUAAUUAGAAACAAAAUGGAUAUUUCUGACAGACAUUGCCAGUUCGAUGUGUGCCCAAAUUCGUACAGUCCCAAGGCGGUCCACAGGCCGUCCGGUUGUGAAAAAUGUCGAAGGACUAGAUUAAAUAACCAAUACAGUGACUGUGAUAGUGUAGUGGGGAAAUGUCGAACGUACAAGUCGAGAGCAGCGAAAAGUAGAUACGUCAACGUCUGCGCGGUGGUGUGCUUGCUACUACUCGUCGGGGGCCUGUCACCGCGGUCGGCGGCGACGCCCUACCGGAGUCGCACCAUGGACCGCCAGAAACGAUCUGACGAGAACAGUCUAUGGGGCAACCCAUGUAAUUAUACCGACUCUGAUUCAGAUUCAAAAUACACCUCACAAAACGCGGAGCGCGUCUACCGACAAGCCAAAUUCUCAUUCGAAGAAGCGGCGAAAUACAAAGACGACUUUGCCAACAAACUAUUCACAGUGUCAAGUUUUGAAGAGUUGUCAAGUACAAUGGGCAACAACGAGUGGUUGCGAAUUAUGCCGUGGUACCGGGAUGAGGUUCUGCCAAAGGAUAAAGUCCUUGACAGCUCGGUGUCUGAGGAGGCAAUGAGCGAUUUAAUGAAUAAGAUAGACGAUGUGUUACCGUCUAUGUUCAAAAGUCUGAAGAUAGUUCUCGCCGGGCUGCACGAAUUGACGGAGAGCUUGCGCAGUACCGACAUCAGCUCGGACGCUAACCUCUCUGAGAGCCUCAACAAGUCCGUGUCGGACGUCCGGAAUGUUCUCUGUUACUUCUACGAUUUAAUGAAAGCGAGAAACUUGAAAAUCUAUGCUCUGGACGACUCAGAAAUCCCAGAAAUCACCGAGGAGAACCAGCUGUCUGUAGGCUUCCUCAUCUACAGAGACGCGCUCAACUACUUGGAAUACUUGACGCAGGUGUUCAAGGAAAUGGAGAAGAAUGUCCAUUAAGCUUGAAGAAACUCCGGGUUGUGUUAACUAUUUGAAUUAAGACCGUUAUCAACUUUGAGGAACUACGUAUCUAAAUAAACAAUAGAGUACAUAUCCUAGAGUAAAUAUAAUUUCUUUACUCAUCAUGACCUGAAUUCUUUGAAUCUCAGAAAACCCAUUAUGACCUGAAUUCGUUGAAUCUUAGAUUUGGAAUUUAAUUUUAUUUCAAAUUUUUUAUAGUUUAAUAUAGAUACAUUUGCGAUACAUAAGCUAUCCCGAGAUGGGGAUGUUUAGUUCUAUCUUAUUUCAUAGUUAAAUACUUUGUUGUCACUACAAAUAUUAGAACUUGAUUUAUAACUAAAAGUAUUACUUAGUUUUAUGAUAAAUUAUAGUUCUGGCGUUAUAAUUAUAAUAUGUAUUUCUUUGAGUGAUAAAGGGCCCACUAGUUUUGACAUCAGUCUAUCGAUGCCAAAUGCUAACGCUAGCUGCUGUUGCCUUAGACUUAAAUGUAGGUACUUCCAACUUUA